AUGUCGCAGCCCAGACGGUCUAGGCCUAGCCUAAGCCUCAGAUCGCUUCGCGACAGAUUUCUUGCCAGUGAAACCGCGCCACCGCCGAAAUCGCUGGAUGCGGAGGUUAAAGACGACGAGACCACUGAACAUGAGAUCGAGAUCCCCCUGACUUCUACUGGCUGUUCUACCGACUCUACGUACAUCAACGUAGAAACCGUCAAGAUGGAUUGUCCAGUCUGUCACAAACACCUGACCGAAAACACGAGCGCCAACUGCGCAAAUUGUGUGAACAACCUGCUCUACAAUUGUCGCUUUGACCUCGCGCGAGUUCUGCUCGAGAAGGAGUCCCUCGGAAAGAAAGUGGAAGCUAUUGUUGGUCCUGAGCCUGAACAACCCCUCGAUGAAGAAACUGCCAGAUUGAGAAAGGCCUGGCAAAGACAGCAGGAAAGAAUUGAAGAACAGCGGGCCAAGGAACAAGAAGAAGAUAUGCAACGCGAACUCGUUGUCAGGCAGAAGGAAUUACAAGAAAAGAAAGAGCAUGCACAGGCUUUGAAGAAGAACCUAGAGGAACGGAGAGCCAACCUCGCUGCAGCGAAACAAGCCCAGGCUAGGAACUACAAGAAGAGAAUGGAGGAGCUCAAAGAAAAUGGUGAGAAGCUGAAGGCACAAUACGACGCGCUUCAUGAGAAGACAGUCGAUACUCGUGCCAUUCUCUGUCGAGAAGCUGCCGGUCUGUUGAGGCUCCAUCACUCGAGGAAGAAGACCAAAAACGGUACUAUCAAGGAUCGCCACUCUAUUGCUGGACUCUUAUUGCCAGAUUUGAAGGAGAUCAAUAACAUGCGAUGCACUGAACUCUCCGCCGCCCUGGCUAACGUCACUCGGCUCAUUUUCCUCUGCUCGUUUUACCUGGGUAUCCGACUCCCUGCUGAAAUCACCCUGCCUCACCGAGAUUACCCACUUGCAACCAUUAACCCCCCGCUUACCUCGUACCUUGGACAACGCAUCACCUUCCCCGGCAGUGGAUCGAGUCUUUCUGCACCCGGCAGUCCUACCGCUUCCAGAAUGGAUCUCAGCUCGUCUCCCAAGCCCCGUCCGCUAUACAUUGGCUCAGACGACCACAACGAAUCUGUCGCUCAGUUUGCCAAGAAGGAACCCCUUGCGUUCAGCUACUUUAUUGAAGGCGUCUCUCUCCUGGCUUGGGAUGUUGCGUGGCUUUCUCGCACUCAAGGUUUCGUUGCAGGCACCGAAACGUGGGAGGAUGCCUGUGACAUUGGUCGCAAUUUGUUCCAGAUGAUUUUAGCCCCUGCGCAAUCUACUGCGGUGACCCGAGUCCUCACCCAACGCAACGCUCGCAAUCGUCACCACCGAUCUCAGAGCACGUCGUCGCCAGUCAUUGAUGAUAAGGUCAACGCGUUCCCAGCACGUCUUGGCUCGUAUUCACACAACUCAGCCCACACUUUCCUUGGGUCUGCCGCUGCGGCCGGAGAUAAUCCGUCCCGCCACUGGCACCUCAACCGAUAUUCCAAGAUCUCUGACCCUUUGAAGAAGCAUCUUCUCGCCGAGAUGAACAAUGCCGAAUGGGAACUGCUAGAUCAGCAGGAAUGGAAUGAUGGGGGGGAGAAGAUGGACGAGGCCGUCUUCAUCAAGACGAGACCAAUGGAUGGGAAAGAGUACGAUGAUGCGAGAAGCAUCAUGACACCUGGUGGAGAGGAGGAGGGGGUCCGGGGUAAGGGCAAGAGUGGGUGGACAAAACUCAAGAACCGAGAAAAGGAGUAG